AAGCCUAAAGGAGUGCAACACCCAAUCAUCCCCUUCCACCCUCUCUCUCUUUCUGGCAAACACUCCCAAUCGAGUAAAGUUUUCUCUGAGUUAUCUCCAUUUCUUUCUUGGGUUCAAAGUGUUGAAAAUGAAGAAAUCAUAUGUAGCAAUCUACGCUCUGAUGGUGCUACUCCUGGCUGAGGCACAGCUAACAAUGGCAGUGACAUGUAGCCCAACAGAGCUGAGCCCUUGUGUAGCUGCAAUCACAUCUUCUUCUCCACCAUCAAAACAGUGCUGUGACAAGAUCAAAGAACAAAAGCCUUGCCUUUGCCAGUACCUCAACAACCCAAAUCUCAAGAAAUUCAUCAACACACCAAAUGCCAGGAAGGUUGCUACUACUUGUGGAACUCCAUUCCCCAAGUGCUAGAGACAAAAUUUUUGAAUUUGGUGUGGGCAUGAAUAUAGUGGAGCACUAGUUGUUAUUGGAAAUAAUCUGUUGGGUCACUUGUGAAUUUGACCCAACUCAGUUCUUUGGUGUGGUUUAAUCAUGUACUAGUUUGAAAAGGCACUCUCUGUAAUGGAUCUAAUCAGUUGGAUCAUUAUAAUUAUUUUAAUGGUAAUCUAAUUUUCUGCAAUUAA